AUUUAUUUAUUUAUUAAUUUUUGAUUUUCCAUUUCUCUCUCUCUCUCUCUCUCCCUCCCAAUUCCUUGCUCGGCGACUUUUUUUUUUCAUCGGUCUAUUGAAGUCGCGAUCGGAGAAACCGUAGCCGCCGUUUGGAUCAUCCCCGCCGCCACUGCCGUCGCCGAAUCAAUCUCCGGGAGAUCUCUUUCUUCGUCUCCUAGCUUUUGUUUUGCUUUCAGGCAGAUUGGCUGGUUCUUCCUGGGGAGGACAACUGUACAGAAGCAACCUUUGAUGCCCAGAUGAGCAGAGCCAAUGUUAUUGGCAGUAGAAGGAGGAGGAUUCUUCUCGUCUUCAGCUUCUGGGUAUAGCAAAGGCCUGGCCCUUCUUCUCUUGGGUCAGAAGAACGAAGACAAACCCAUGAGAGUUGCGCCGUGGAAUCAGUACCAGUUGGUGGACCAAGAAUCUGACCCUGACCUCCAGCUGGCUUCCACGAAGAACCGACUCGCCCGCGGGUGCGCUUCCUUUGUCUGUUUCGGCCGCACUUCCGCUGGGCUUGACACUAAAUCUCCUCUUAAGGUGGGCCCUACCCAACAUCAGGAUGUCUUGCCAGAAUCUCUUGUUUCUGAUAGUGAUAAGAGCAAAGAUCAUUCAGUUGAUACUGUUGACAAUGAUGAUGCAAGCAAAGUUUCUCUUAAAAGUAGCUUGAAGAAGUCAUCAAACACUAAUUCAGUUUCUGUCGAGACUGGAAAUGACUGUGUAAGGCUCAGUGAAGCAGGCAGUGAUAUACCUGGCACAGAAAGAAGGAAAGUGCAAUGGACAGAUACUUGUGGGAGUGAGCUUGCUGAAAUCAAGGAAUUUGAGCCCAGUGAAGUGGAUCUAUCAGACGAUGAAUAUGAUAAUGGGACUGAAAGAAGUUGUUCAUGCGCAAUCAUGUAGUUUGGUUUUAGUUGAGGUAACGUUGGAUUUGCCUCUGUUUUCAAUACAAUGAUGACAAAGAAGUGAAAUUACACAGCUAAAGGAGCUUGUUCAUCAUUCCUUCCUUGGAGCAAGUCAGAUUGAUUUCUGGAUGAAGAAAACAGGAAAAGAAUCGGGGUUUCAAUCCGAUAGGGCAAGGAGUUUCGCUUCCUCCGUCGAUACUCUGAUCAUCUGUCUAUAUUUGGUUGCCGAGGGUUUUCAAUUUUUUUUUCCUCUUGUGGGGCUUAGAGCCAUUUCUCGUUUUGUUUAAUGUCUUAAGCUCAUGUCUGUGUGACUGUCUUGUUUAUUGUUUUUGCCGCAUUUAUUGUGUUAUUUUAUUUAUUUUUGGUUUCUACUUGUGUUCAUCCAGACGAAAGUUUCAGUCAUUCCCUUUUCUUCUCAUUAUAUAUAAACGAAAAAAGAAAACGCAGCUGUUAUGGAGUCUUGGGGUGGUUAUUACUCGUACUAAAGCUAAAAAAUUGGUAUGGUCAAAGAGAAACUUAGCCAAUCGAUCUUUUGCUAGUUAUUUUGUAAUGUUGAAAUAUUGUCCUCUGAAAUGUACGUGGACAAAAAACUAACGUGUUUGAUUAAUCUAGCCAUUUACCAUGCCUUCAAGCCA